AUGUAUAUCUCGCAGUCUUUCACCAUCGUUGCCGCAUUUGCGGCCUGCGUUUCGGCCCACGGCGUGGUCACCGAGGUCAAGGGAGCCAAUGGUGUCAACAUGCCUGGCUUGACGAUUCAAGACGGAACUCCAAGAGACUGCUCUUCCAACGGCUGCGGAUCUCAGGCAGACACGGCGAUCAUUCGCGACAGGGAAAUUGCGAGUGGCAAGGCUACUCCCCUCGGUCGUACACAAGGCAACGGCCUAGUCGAUGCUUCUGUGAUGGUUGGUGCCUUCAUGGGCGCUGGCGCCGCACCGCCAGCAAACAACGGAGCCUCUGGUAGUGUCGGUGUGGAGGACAACAUUCCCCAAAAUGCCCAGAAGCGUCAGCUUCUGGCCGGUCUUUUUGGCGGCGGCGGCGGUGCUGGUGGUAAUGCUGGAGCUACUGGUAUCAAGGGCCUGCUCGGUGGUGGUGGCGACAAGGUCAACGGUCCCCCAGAGGCACGUAUUGCGGCCGCACAAGGUGCGGGCCAGUCUUCCGGCUUGCCCACUUGUGCGGAUGAUGGUACUGUCACCAUGACUCUUCGACAGAUCAACCAGGACGGCGCGGGACCGUUCACCGCCGACGUUGAUGGCACAUCUGGUGGAACAGAUGAGGCUGCCAUGCAGUCUGCCACGGUGACCAAGGACGUUCCUGGCCUCGGUGUUCAGGGCAUCUCCCUCGCAACGAACACUGAGUUUGACAUGCAAGUUCAGAUGCCAGCAGGAAUGACCUGCGAUGCUACCGUUGCUGGCACCCCUAACGUCUGCGUCAUGCGCGUGCGUAACGGCGCUGCGGCUGGUCCCUUUGGCGGCUCUGUGGCAUUUACUCAGAGCGCUGCUACCAGGAAGCGAGCUAUUGCAUACAGGCUCAAGAAGCGCAUGGAGUUGAACCGCAUGUUCUAG